AUCCACGAAAAACUGCAUUAUUAUGAGAAACAGAACCCAGUGCCCAUACUCCAUGGUGCAGCAGCCUUGGCAGAUGAUCUGGCAGAGGAGCUGCAGACCAAGCCACUGAGCAGUGAGAUCAGAGAGCUGUUGAAACUCCUCUCAAAACCCAAUCUCAAGGCUUUGCUCUCUGUACAUGAUACUGUUGCUCAGAAGAGCUACGAUCCUGUCUUGCCCCCCAUGCCUGACGAUAUUGAUGAAGAAGAAGAUUCAGUUAAAAUAAUCAGGCUUGUCAAAAACAGGGAACCACUGGGAGCUACUAUUAAAAGGGAUGAACAUACUGGCGCAAUUGUGGUGGCCAGGAUAAUGCGUGGAGGAGCUGCAGAUAGAAGUGGUCUUAUUCACGUCGGUGAUGAGCUAAGGGAAGUCAAUGGGAUUCCCGUAGAUGAUAAAAAACCUGAAGAAAUAAUACACAUUUUGGCUCAGUCUCAAGGAGCAAUUACGUUUAAAAUUAUACCUAGCGUGAAGGAAGAAAUGCCAGUGAAGGAAGGCAAGAUGUUUCUCAGAGCCCUGUUUGACUAUGAUCCUAAUGAGGAUAAAGCAAUUCCUUGUAAAGAAGCUGGACUUGCUUUCAGAAAAGGAGAUAUACUUCAGAUCAUGAGCCAGGAUGAUGCAACCUGGUGGCAGGCCAAACACGAAGGUGAUGCCAAUCCCAGAGCAGGCUUGAUCCCUUCAAAGCAUUUCCAGGAGAGGAGAUUUGCACUAAGAAGACCAGAAGUGCAGAUUCAGCCAUUGAAAAUUUCCAACAGAAAAUCAUCCGGAUUUAGAAGAAGCUUUCGUCUUAGCAGAAAAGAUAAAAAAACAAACAAAUCUAUGUAUGAGUGCAAGAAGAGUGAUCAGUAUGAUACAGCAGAUAUCCCAACAUAUGAAGAAGUUGCAAAAUAUAGACGACAACCUAAUGACAAAUACAGGCUUGUAGUUUUGGUUGGUCCUGUAGGGGUUGGACUGAAUGAACUUAAGCGGAAAUUGCUGAUCAGUGACACCCAGCAUUACGGGGUAACUGUGCCACACACUACCCGUCCAAGGAGAAGCCAAGAAAGUGAUGGUGUCGAAUACAUUUUCAUUUCCAAGCACUUGUUUGAGACAGACGUACAGAAUAACAAGUUUAUUGAGUAUGGCGAGUAUAAAAACAACUACUAUGGUACAAGUCUAGACUCUGUUCGAUCAGUUCUAGCUAAAAACAAAGUUUGUUUGUUGGAUGUGCAGCCUCAUACAGUGAAACACUUACGGACAUAUGAAUUUAAACCAUUUGUUAUAUUUAUAAAGCCUCCAUCACUUGACCGCUUGAGAGAGACCAGAAAAAAUGCCAAGAUUAUUUCGAGUAAAGAUGAUAAGGGAACUGCAAAACCCUUUACAGAAGAAGAUUUUCAAGAAAUGAUUAAAUCUGCCCAUGUGAUGGAGAGCCAGUACGGCCACCUUUUCGAUAAGGUCAUAGUCAACGAUGACCUUGCCACAGCUUACAGUGAGCUUAAAACAACUUUUGACAGGUUGGAGACCGAGACCUUCUGGGUUCCCGUCAGCUGGUUGCAUUCAUAA